AUGUCAAAUCCUUCAAAUGAGGAGAUUUUAUUGAACGAAAAUGACGACCAGAUUGACUCCCUUCAGAUGAAAACUCAAGCUCUCAGAAAAGCUUCUAAAAUACUUGGCAACAAAGUCGUCGACAGUUCGAAAGAAGCGGACGCCACCUCAAUUGAGAUGGAGGGGUUAGUGUCCAUGACAAAUCAUAGCAUUGAUGGUGUGAGUCGGAUUGUUGGUGCAAAAGUGACAUACAGGCACUGUUUUUUCCUUAUUUGUGGCAUUGUUGUCCUUCUCUUGAUAUUGUAUGGUGUCUUAUUCAAAAUGGAUUGGGGAACAAAGCCACAAAUCACUCCUCAAGACCAACAGUAG